GGCUGGAGGUGUUCAGAACCAGGGCCCCUGAGCUCCAUGACCUCAGACCCUUUUGGCCUCCUGACCUGUGUAUCUGGUCGAGAUGUCACAGGUACACCUGCUGGGUGGUGGCAGGGGAGUCCACAGGUUCUGAAAUCACAUGGCUUCCUAUUGGUUCUGAAUUGCUCAUUACAUAAGCCGUGGCCUGGGCUGUGAAUCUUAUCUCAGGUGGUUGGUGAGUUUGGGUCAAUGAUUUUUGUUGUUGUUCUUUUGUUUUUCUCUUGCAUUCAGCACAGGAACAGUGCAAAAUGAAAGAAAAACAGGGGAAGCCAUAUUUAUUAAACAGCUUAGCAAUAAGAAGAUCAUAGAGGUUAAGACUGACCAAGUUUGAAAGGGAAAGAGAUUUACCUUGAAUACACUUACCUCGAAUAAACUUAAAGUUGGGAAUCUGAGAGAACUAUGUUAGUAUGACUAGAUCAUGGAUGAUGCCAAGUCCAAGAAAGACUCAGAAGAGGCAAGUUAUCAGAGGAAAAUGGAGAUAAUUCCAAAGCCCAGACCCAGAAAACCAUGGACAGUUGCCUUCCUAAAAGCUAUAAGACAACUGCAAGACCAUCCCACCCCACUUCUCUCUUCCCACAUCCAGACCCCAAGCUGGCAUAGUUCUACGGAGCCAUAAUACAGUUUGGGACAGAAUUCAUUCAGCACUUAAUCAAGCAAUUACUAAAUACCCAAGCACUAUUCAGAUAAAUCAGAAUUCCCUCCUUUUCUGUCUUAGAACUGGCAGUUUCCUAGGAACUAAGGCAAGAAGUGAUUUAAAAGCAAAUAAAUGAAAAAACAGGAUAGUGAGAAGAUAAGAGAGUGGGGGGAGGCUAAGAGGAAGGGUUAUUAUUUUAUUUAAGGAAAUUAAAGAAGUCCUGUCUAAUAAGGAUAUUUGAGGGACUUAGAAGAGAUAAUAUGAGCCACAGUCCAGCAGAUCGUGUUUAGGGAAAAGAGGCCACCAGAGCCAACGGUGGCAUUUGGAUUUUUGGAGGAAUUCUUCAGCAACUCUGUAAAGCAUGUUUUUUUAAGAGAGAAGGGAAGAACAUGAGCUAAGGAAUUAAUAAAAUUGUUCAGUCAACAAAUAGUAAGGCUCUGAACCCAUGGAAGUGAUAGUAAGUAGGAGAAAGAAGGCCACAUGAGUUUAGGCAUGUGCUGAGGUCUCCUCCUGUCCCCUGCACCUGAUGGAGAAGCAGGCAGGGGAGUCCAGCCUUCAGGACAGCUGGGAUGCCCAGGAGGUUUUAUUUCCUAGGGCUGCUGUAAAAAAAAAAAAAACGUAAUAAACCUAUUCUUUUACAUUUCUGGAAGGGUCAGCAGUACAAUACCACGUUUCCUCUAAAGGCUCUCGAGAGAAUCCUUUCCUGCCUCUCAGAGCUUCUAUGGGUACCAGACUUUCCUCAGCUUGUGGCAGCCUUAAGCCAGUCUCUGCUUCUGUCUCCACGUGGCCCUCUCCUAUGCCUCUGUGUCUCAGAUGUCCCUCUGCCUCUCCCUUAUAAGAAUACCUGUCCUUGGGUUUAGGGCCUACCCUAUGUCUGGGAUGAUCUGGUAAUAUAGUUUACGUGUUGUGUUUAGUUUUGCCUGAUGAGUUCUUAACCCAGUUUUGAGGCCCUGACUGAUGGUAGAUCCAUUUCCCUUCUUGAGCAGAUGAAGCCCACACUCCAGACCACUGUACACUUGCCCUAACAGCUCCAGGGCCAGAUACCAGGUGACUGGGGAGAACCCAUGUGUCCCCAGAACCCUUGAAAUUAUUCAAAUUAGCCAAUCCUCAGGGAGCCCAUGAGACCUACCUAACUCCAGGGCACUUGCCACACAUGAGCUCUCCUCGCUGUACCCUAUCUCCAGACACCCAGUGUGGCCCAUCUCACAGGCUUCUCUAGUUCAGAGCUGUAAAUACUAAAAAGUUCUGCCUUCCAUCGAUCUUCAUAUCAUUGUGUCAUGUUCUAUCAUCAAAAGAAACUUCAAAUCUUCCACAAUAGAUCUCCUCUCCAGAUCCUUAAUUACAUCUGCAAAGGUCCUUGUCUCCAAAUACACACUCGCAGGUGGACAUGCCUCUUGGGGUGCUACAUUUCAACCCACGGCACCCUCUUUGAGAAGGCUGAUAGCAGUUCUUAACCAUAAGUUUAGGAGACUGGCUGGUGAAAGAGUGCAACUGUGGACUUUGGUCUUGGGGACAUAGACUUGAGACAGAGGACAGCAGAGGCCCGGGGAUUCUGUGGGAUCUAGGACUGUUCGCUAACGACACUAGGAGUUAGUAACCUUCUGAACAAAAACUGGGUAACAGCAGAGACUUAAAUUCAACACCCGAAUUCUACCCAUAGAAAUGAGGAAGAAGGCAAAUCACUAGGUAGACGAAGGAGAAGACAGUUGCUUCUUGUUAUUUGGUCAUUCUGGGCUCUUACCUGGCGCUCCUGAGGGAAAUGUAGAAUUGGGUUCCUGAGAACCACUGGCCACAAGAUUUUGGUAAUCUGAUUGAUGCAUGACCUUGUGUUUUUACUGUCUAAAGACAUUUUAUUUAGUAUAUAUUGUUGAUUCAUUAACAUUGAACUCACAACCAACGGCAUUAUAUCUCAGGGCUGAAUGAAGCUUACCCACCACUUGCAUUUCUCUGUAAGGAGUACUGCAGGCUUCUUGCUGUUAGGAACAGUACAUGGCACUUCAGCAGCCUGUUUGGGAGCUGUUUGAAACAGCGAAGUCCCCCGUGAAAUGCCCAAAAAAUAUGAACAUGGCAAAAUGGACCUCAAAAAGAACACUUUUUUAGUAAAAGCUGAAAUAAUCAGGCAAAGUGUAGCACAGAGAAAGAGACUGAAGAGGGAAGAUCAAAAGAGAGAAAUCGAAAGGGCUUCCCAAAUCUAGUUAGUUUAUAACUGAGCAAAUAAUGUUGGGAAACAAAACUGGUGAGGGAGGAGGGGAGACUGCCACCGUGUGAGCCUUCCCCGGGAGGAGCUGCAUCCGGGCAGAGGCAGUGGGCAGCUGGACCUCAGAAAGUUUCCUUCUCCUCCCCCUCCUCUUUUCCUUCCUUUCCUCCCAGCCAAGAGUACAGCUUUCCUCUUGGGAGAUAGCCAAGGACACAGGGACUCCAGAGGUAAAAAGGUGCAUUCCAGGUGAAAGAGAUCUGUCCCAUGGUCCCAAUCUAGGUCUUCACAGGGAGAGACAUUCGGAGCCCUCAUUCUCUGAAGUGGACAACCUCGCCUCCUGCCACACACCUGGUCAGGACUCCGGAGACCCCAACCCAUUCAGGCACACCAUGGGGGACAAGAAGGGUCAGGACAUAGAAGCAUGGAGGCAAGUAUUCCAGACGUUAAUUCAGGAGGUGAAACCAUGGCACAAAUGGACCCUCACAGCAGACAAGGGCCUUCUUCCCAACGUCCUGCAGCCGGGCUGGAUGCAAUACCAGCUGUGGACUUUCGCCAGGUUCCAGUGUUCUUCCUGCUCUCGCAGUUGGGCCUCUGCCCAUGUCCAGGUCCUUUUCCACAUGCACUGGAGUGAGAAGAAGCACAGGGGCCAGGUGAAGAUGAGGGUCUUUGCCCAGAGAUGUAAGAAGUGCCCCCAGCCUCCAUUUGAGGUCCCUGAGUUCACACAGGAGAACAUCUCAAGGGUCCUGAAUAACCUGGUGAUCCGAAUUCUGAAGAAAUGCUACAGAGAAGGAUUUAAGAUUGUAGAGGAGAUUCCUGCGAUCAAGGAUAUCUGUCUUCAAGGGCCACAUGACAGUAAAAACUGUGAGGCAUGUCUGCAGGGAUCCUGUGCUCAGAGCGGGUUGGGCCUGGCCAAGGAGUCACCAGUGCCCACACCCUCCAAGGAUGCUGGGGAACCCAGGCUAACUGCUACUUGUACCAAUCUCCCCUGCUCACAAUCAGCCUCUAGAGUGGACAAGAUCCUUACACCAGCAGUGAGCCUCAAAGUCUCUAACCCUCCCAAGGCUGACCCCAAGGUCAUACACAGCUCAGAACCACCAACUGCUCCAAGAAUUGUAAUCCCACAGGUGCCACCCAUGUCAACAGUGAGCCCCCAAAUCUCUAACCCUCCCAAGGCUGACCCCAAGGUCAGACACAGCUCAGAACCACCAACUGCUCCAAGAUUUCCAACCCCACAGGUGUCACCCAGGUCCACAGUGAAUCCCAAAGUCCCUGACUCUCCCAAGGCUGACCCCAAUGUCAGACACAGCUCAAAACCACCAACUGCUCCAAGAUUUCCAACCCAACAGGUGCCACCAAGAAGCUCACUUCCCCCUGUUCGGGCCACUCGAAUGCCUUCUCCCACAAACAAUACAGCAACAGAUGCAGCAGCCAGGGUCACCAGACCAAAGACAGGAAAUCCAUUACCCUCCUCCUCCUUGCUUGCUAUGCCCACAAGCACUACAAACCUCCCCACUUCUUGGAGCCCAGAAGCAAACACCACUUGCCAGAUGGAGAGUAGAAUCCAGAUCUACCCUGAAAGUGGGCAUUUCUAUUCCAGCAGGGGGCAUUUCUAUUCCAGCCCAUUCCAGAAUUGCGUACCAGGGCGCUUAAGCACUUCCUGCUGUUGUCUCCUUCUAAUCAUUGUUGUCGUUGUCACAAUGAUUAUGGUAAAAAAUACUUUCUGAGCAGGAUGUAUUAAUUGCCUAUUGUUGUUCUAACAAAUAACAACAAAUUUGUUGGCUUAAAAUAAAAAGGUAUUAUAUUACAA